AACUGUUUUUGUUGGGAAGGAGACUGCGGCGCACGCCCGCGGUCUCUUUUGUUGUUGUGGUAACUACCGUUGGAACCCUCUUUCCGGCUCUAUGAACUCUCGGCUCUGAGAGGCUCCAGGUUUCUCCGCCAGAGCUCCUGUCGCUCUGUCACCUGCGCUGUGUUCCUCUCUAGUCGCAUGAGCCCUGGGGAAUAAAGUUGGGAGCUCAGACAUGGACUUAAUGGCCUUUGAGGAUGUGGCUGUGAACUUCACUCCAGAAGAAUGGGCUUUGCUGGAUCCUUCCCAAAAGAAUCUCUACCGAGAAGUGAUGCAAGAAACCUUAAGGAACCUGGCCUCUAUAGGGAAGAAAUGGAAAGACCAGAACAUUGAAAAUGAGUACAAAAAUCCCAGGAGCAACCAAAGAGUUCUUACAGAAGAGAGACUAUUUGAAAGUGAAGGUCAUCAGCGUGGAGAAAUUUUGACCCAGGUUCUGGAUGACAUGCUCAAGAAGAAAACUGGAGUAGAAUCAUGUGAAAGGAAUGUGCGUGAGGUCGGCAUGGGUCAUUUAUCCCUUAAUAAGCACACCAGAGCUGACACUGGACACAAGCCAUAUGAGUAUCAGGAAUAUGGACAGAAGCUAUAUAAAUGUGCAUACUGUAAGAAAGCCUUCAGCUACCUCCCCUACUUUCGCAGACAUGUAAUUGCACACACUGGAGAAAAACUCUAUGAAUGUAAGGAUUCUGGGAAGGCAUUUAGUUUUUCCAUUUCUUUUCAUAGACAUAAAAGAGCUCACUCUGGAGGGAACCCCUAUGAAUGUAAACAAUCUGGAAAACCCUUUGGAUGCACCUCAGAACUUCAAAUGCAUGCAAGGACUCAUAGUGUAGAGAAACCUUACAAAUGUAAGAAAUGUGAAAAAGCAUUUAAUAACGUAUCUUCCUUUCAAAUACAUGAAAGAAUGCACAGAGGAGGGAAGCAUCGUGCAUGUAAGGGUUCUGGGAAGACACACCGGUUUUUUGGUUUCUAUCACAGACAUAAAAUGCUUCAUGCUGGCGGGAAAUUUUAUGGAUGUAAGAAAUGUGGGAAAGUCUUUAUUAGUUUCUGUGCCUUUCGAUACCAUCAAAGGACUCGCACUAAAGAGAAAUCCUAUGAGCGUAAGCAAUGUGGGAAAGCCUAUGUUUCUUCCACUUCUUUUCGAUAUCAAUUGAGUCACACUGGAGUGAAACACUAUGAGUGUAAGCAGUGUGGCAAAGGCUUCAGUUUGCCCAAUUCCAUUCGAUGUCAUGAAAUGACUCACACUGGAGAGAAACCCUAUAAAUGUAAGCAAUGUGGGAAAGCUUUCAGAUGUGCCUCAAGCCUCCAAAUACAUGGAAGGACUCACACUGGGGAGAAACUCUAUGAAUGUGAACAGUGUGGUAAAGUCUAUCGUUAUUGGAGUGGCCUUCAAGUACAUGAACUAACUCACAUUGGAAAAAAGCCUUACGAAUGUAAGGAAUGUGGGAAAUCAUUCUAUAGUUCCGGUUUCCUUCUAAAUCAUAAAAGGAUCCACACUAGGGAGAAACCUUAUGAACUCAAGGAAUGUGGGAAAGCAUUUGGUAAUCCCAUAUCCUUUCGAAAACAUGAAAGGAGUCACAGAAAAGAGAAGCCUUAUGAAUGUAAGGAAUGUGGGAAGGUAUUCAGUUUUUCCAGUUCCCUUCGGAGACUUGAAAGGACACACACUGAAAAACCCUAUGAAUGUAAACAACGUGGGAAAGGAUCUUUUCAUAGAAGCUGUCUUAGGCACAUGAAGAUACACACUGGAGAGAUACUUCAUAAACGUAAGAUUCGUGGAAAAGUCUUUCAUUCUCCCAGUUCAUUUCAAACACGUGAAAGAUCUCACACUGGAGAAAAAUGCUAUAAAUGCAAGCAAUGUGGAAAACGCUUCAUUUAUUUCAGUGCCUUUCAACGUCAUCAAAGGAGCCACACUGGAGAGAACCCCUAUGAGUGUAAGCAAUGUGGGAAAGCCUAUAUUUCUUCCACUGCUUUUCAGUGUCAUGAAUUGAGUCACACUGGAGCAAAACGCUGUAAGUGUAAGCAAUGUGGCAAAGGCUUCAAUGUGUUCAGUUCCAUUCGAUAUCAUGAAAUGACUCACACUGGAGAGAAACCCUAUGAAUGUAAGCAGUGUGGGAGAGCUUUCAGAUCUGCCUCGCACCUUCGAACACAUGGAAGGACUCACACUAGGGAGAAACCCUAUGAAUGUAAACAGGGUGGUAAAGUCUGUCGUUACUGGAGUGGCCUUCGAAUACAUGAACUAACUCAUAUUGGAAAAAAGCCUUAUGAAUUUAAGAACCGUGGGAAAUCAUUCUAUAGUUCCAAUUUCUUUCAAAAUCAUAAAAGGGUCCACACUAGAGUGAAGACAUAUGAAUGCAGGGAAUGUGGGAAAGCAUUUGAUAAUCCUACAUCCUUUCAAAAGCAUGAAGGGAGUCACAGAAAAGAGAAGCCAUAUGAAUGUAAGGAAUGUGGGAAGGUAUUUGGUUUUUCCAGUUCCCUUCGGAGACACGAAAGGACACACAUAGGUAAAAAGCGCUAUGAACAUAAACAACGUGGCAAAGGAUUUUCUCAUCUUAGAAGCUUUUCUAGACACAUGAAUACUGGAGAGAGAUCUCAUAAAUCUAAGAUAUGUGGAAAAGUCAUUCAUUCUCCCAGUUCAUUUCAAGCACGUGAAAAAUCCCACACUAGAGAGAAACGCUAUAAAUGCAAGCAAUGUAGGAAAGCCUUCAUUUAUUUCAGUGCCUUUCAACGUCAUCAAGGGAGUCACACUGGAAAGAAGCCCCAUGAAUGUAAGCAAUGUGGGAAAGCCUAUGUUUCUCCCAUUUCUUUUCGAUAUCAUCAGUUGAGUCACACUGGAGCGAAACACUAUGAGUGUAAGCAAUGUGGCAAAGGCUUUAAUUUACCCAGUUCCAUUCGAUAUCAUGAAAUGACUCACUGGAGAGAAACCGUAUGAGUGUAAGCAAUGUGGGAAAUCUUUCAGAUGUGCCUCAAGCCUCCGAAUACACAGAAGGACUCACACUGGGGAGAAACCCUAUGAAUGUAAACAGUGUGGUAUAGUCUGUCGUUAUUGGAGUAGCCUUCGAAUACAUGAACUAACUUAUACUGGAAAAAAGCCUUAUGAAUGUAAGGAAUGUGGGAAAUCAUUCUAUAAUUCCG